AACAAACUCAUUACUGUGACUAUGUUUAGUGUAGAAUGUACUUGGUUAUGUUAAUCGAUUUGCUUUUUCACUUGUUAUUAAACAAAUGCUGCCAUUGGAUUGCAACAAACAAAAACAAUUGCCAGACGAUGUGAGUCAUGACAGUGAUGAGGAUGAUUCGCUCCAUAACGGGCAUGUGCUCGACCAAUAAAUGCGCUAUGUUGGUUUGUUUUAAACCAAUCAGAAUGAUCGGGAGGCGGGAUUUAUGUUGAAAGGGGCGGGGUUGACAAACCAUCCUCAAGAGUUGUUCCGCUGUCCAACUUCCUAUUCCUAUUAAUGUUUUAUACUCACACGCUGAACGAGAGCUGUCAUAAAGCGGUGUAGGAGAUUUAUGAACCAUGAAGAGAGAAAUUGCAGCUGUGGUAUCAUUCUUCCUGAAGGCGCUUGUGAAAAAGGGAGGGAAGUUGGAGUUGCAAAAGAUGGAUCUGUUUGUUGAGAGGCUGGCUGUUGCACUGCAGGAGAAGUUCAAGGGGCACUGGUACCCUGAAAAUCCCAACAAAGGACAGGCUUACAGGUGUAUCCGCAUGAACAGGCUCCACAGGCAGGAUCCAGAGCUCCUUCGGGCCUGCCGAGAGAGCGGCGUUCAGUUCAAUGAACUUGUACUGGCCCUUGAACUCACGCUGUGGGUGGACCCCGGCGAGGUCAGUUGCAGGUACGGAGAGCACAAUCCCAGCUUUUCACUUGCCAGCUUCUCUUGUGAUGAUAAGGGAGACACGGAUGUUGCAAAGGUAACCGGCGCUUGGGAGAGUGUGACGUCGGACUACCACUCGGGUUCCUCCUCAGAUGAGGAAAGCGAAGACGUUCCCCCCCACCCUGUAUACAACGGCCACAGUCCUUACCAGGUGAUUAAUCCCGCUGUUCCUACUUGGCAUUGUAAGAAGAUGGUACCAGGGAAAGUUCACCUCCUUCCACGGCCGCACUAUGGCUCCAGGUCUCUCGUCAGAGCCCCGCCCACUUUCAGGCCCGGUCCGUGGGUCCCUCCUGGCUUUGGAGACAGGCCUCCUCGUUACUGGGACACAACACACAAUCUGACCAUGCGUUACAAAUAGGAACCAUGGUGCACAAUGUUUGCACCAGAGUAGACAUUAAAGCUGAAGACAACUUUAAAAUGACUGAACAAUGUUUCUUUUUCUGAACAUUUAUAGAUUCAAUAAUAAUUGUUUUUUGACCAAAACAAUUCCCUUUUGCACUUUACACCAUUUUUUUAUACUUUAAAUUAAUCACUUGUAUUUAAUUAUAUAUUUAUAUUGGAAUACUACAUGUUGAAGUACUGUAUUUUUACAAUGGGAGAUGUUCAUGUAUGCCACCUACUUUACUUUACCUUACUUUUUUGCAGUAAUAUGUGUUAUUUUUUCAUUGUGUAGGAUUGUCAGAUGUCAGACUUAAAUUUAUGGAGUUUUAUUCAACACAAUUUCCAAGCAUCA